CUCGACGAUGUGCCAAUUGAUAGGCUGAUAUCAGAGCCGUCGGUGGAUUCAAAUCAUCCGGCACUGCCACUACGAGGUUCUACCUUUCUGUUGUGUACUGUAGGUCUCGCUACAACUACCGCUGUCGCGUCGACGAGGAACUCAUAUAGUCGUCGGCCCUCGGUCUAUUUAUUCCGUCUUCCUAUGCAUUGCACAUUCAUACACAAAGAUUGACACAGGAAUAUAUUACACACGUACUCGGAACUUGGUACCUGGUUUUAUAUCGAACUUCUGCUGCCUCCGACGACGCAUCACUUUGUUCUUCUUCCCUUUACUGACGAAACCUACACUCAUAAUAUCUAGAAAAUUUACUGUAAAUACUAAACAGUCUCGAUCCCACCGCAUAAAACCCUACACACGGACACAUACACACAGAUCUACAAGCAAGCACUACUACCGCCAAAAUGCCAUACAAAUCUCGUUGGACCGUCGACGUCCCCGAGUGUUCUCUACCGACAUUUCUAUUCGAAUCUCCCUCUGCACCACUAGGUUCGAAACGAUGUUUCUCGGAAGCAGCCCGUCCAGAGACGCACUAUCUGACUCGGGAGUCGUUCCGUCUCUGGUCGCAGCGGUUCGGGCUUGGUCUUCGCCGGUCACCACAUUUCCAAAAGGGCGAUCGGGUUCUCCUAUUCAGCGGCAACGACAUGUUCGUCCCGGUCGUGUUCAUGGGCGUUUUGUGUGCGGGGGGCAUCUUCUCCGGCGCAAAUCCGACCUUCACACCUCGCGAACUGGCCCAUCAACUUCGCGACUCGGGAGCCACCUACCUCCUCUGCGCCGACGGAAGUAUCGACACGGGCAUCGAAGCCGCCAAGCUUGCCGGUCUCGGUUCCGACCGCGUGUUCGUGUACAAUGCGCGAAUCUACGACGGUCCGCAACCGCCGCUCAAGGGAUGUCGGUACUGGGGUGAUCUGAUCGCGUCCGCCGACGACGCCAAGGGUUUUGCGUGGGACGACCUCAAAGGUCCGGGGGAAUGUGACACCACCCUCGCACUCAACUACUCCUCCGGCACCACCGGCGUGCCCAAAGGUGUCGAGAUCACGCACCGGAACUACAUUUCCAACACGGUCCAAGUGGCCCUGAUAUCGCAGCAGCAUCCGGACUACGAGGCUCGCAACGCCCGGGCGAGCUGGCUCUGUUUCCUGCCCCUGUACCACGCGUACGGGCAGACGUAUUUCGUCGCGGGGGCCUUCAACCGUCAAGUCCCCGUGUACGUCAUGCCCAAGUUCGACUUUGAGAAGAUGCUAGAGUACAUCCAGCGCUUCCGGGUGACGGAUCUCGCCCUCGUACCUCCCAUCGCGGUCCUGUUGGCCAAACACCCCGCCGUGGAAAAGUACGAUUUGAGCAGUGUGGAGAACGUCGGGUGUGGUGCGGCGCCCUUGGGUAGGGACGUGUGUGUGCAGAUUGAGAAGAGGUUGGGGAGAGGGAUUAACGUGAAACAAGGGUGGGGGAUGACUGAAUGCACAUGUUCCCUCCUAGGUUGGGACGUCAUGGCGACCUCGACCUCUGCGGCCGUCGGCGAACCCAACGCCAACUGCACGGCCAUGAUCGUGUCGGAGGACGGGGGGCAGGAAAUCGCGUCCCGGGGUCCCCGGCACGUCGGGGAACUGUGGUGCCGCGGGCCGAACGUCAUGAAGGGCUACUGGCGCAACCCCAAGGCCACGGCCGAGACGCUCACGCCCGACGGGUGGUUGAAGACGGGCGACAUCGCGUACGUCGACGAGGCGGGCAUGUUCCACAUCGUCGACCGCAAAAAGGAACUCAUCAAGGUGAAGGGGAACCAGGUGGCCCCCGCCGAACUGGAGGCCCUGCUGCUCGAGCACGACGCCAUCGCCGACGCCGCCGUCAUCGGCAUGCCGACCCAGGACGGCGACGAGGUCCCCCGCGCGUUCGUGGUGAGGCAGUCCGGGAGGGACGUGACCGAGAACGAGGUCAAGAAGUUCAUCGAGGGCAAAGUGGUGAGGUACAAGUUUUUGAAGGGCGGCGUGGAGUUUGUCGAUGCCAUACCAAAGAACCCCAGCGGGAAGAUCUUGAGGAGACAGAUCAGGGACGCCGCGAAGGAGAGGUUACGGAAAGAGGGUGCGAGAUUAUAGUGCAUCUGAUUCACCGUCUAGAUGUGUGUAUGUAUAUAUAUAUAUAUAUAUACACUCUCAGGCUCGGCUUUUUUGGAGUGUUUUGGAUGCAUCAAGGUGCCUCAAGAGGUCGGUAAAGAGAGACCACGGUAUAUACUAUUAUCUAG